GUUCUGCUUUCUAUGAUGCUUUUUGAUACAUUUCACUUUCUCCCUCCCUUUUUCCAGAGGAACUGAGUCACAGUCUCAGUGAAGAUGCUCCAUGUGAAAAUAAAGAGUCAACAAUCUACAAUGCCACAAAGCACAAAGAGACUAAAGUGGAGGGAGCAUCUUUGUCUUCCACUGGAGAGUCCACCGCCCAGUCCAGUAAACAUUCCCUCCAUUCCUGGAACUGUGAGGAGAUGGGCUCAACCAGUGAGAUUAUUGGGCUGGGAGUCUCUGCUCGCACAUUUACAGGCAACCAAGAUGGACUGGCUAUCCCACCACAAACCUCGGAUGCUAUCACUACCCCUGGUUUUCUGGACACCCUGGAUGCCCCACUGACUGAACCACUGCACUUAGCCAUCCCUCUGCAGCCACCCAGCCAGAGCAACAAUCCACACAGUUCUGACACAGAGCCACACGCACACGGCCAGCUCCCCAGCGCUGCUGGGCUCAGUCAACAAACAGAGGGAAAAACUGCACCUGUCACUACAGAGAUCCCAAAACCAGUAGACGAGACCAUUGUUUGCAACGGACUUCACUCUCCUUCCCUGUGCCAGUCACCUGCUGUGAGUGUGAAGUCUGUGUCCAGUCAACAGAGAACAAGGUCAGACGUGGAGGAGGAGACACUGCAGCCAUUAAAUGGAGGUCCCAGGAGGGUUUUGUUCCGCACCCAGCCAGAUGUGCUGUUCCUCACCUUGCAGGAUGAGAUGGCACCCACCACCCCUUCUCCUUCAGACACUGAAGAAGAAGAAGAAGAAGAAGAAGAGGAGGAUCUGAGUUAUUCACAAACAUUACAGAACAAAAGAAUGCAUCACAGAGAAAGGACAGAACACCGGAACCAGUUAGAGGAUCCUCUGUCAUAUCGCAGACAGAGAAAUAGAAAAGCAGAAGAGGAGCUGCAUCACAUAUCCGAAAAUCUGUCCCAUCGACUUGAAGAACUCGAUAUGAUGCUUAAGCGUGUUCUGGGAGAACCUGGAGAGUCAGGUGAGGUCAGAGGAGAGGACAAGCAGUCCCACCACAGUGACAGUGUCAUGGAGUGUCACACGAUUCCAAAACAACACACAGGAACACUGGACGUUGAGUCAACUCAGCGGACACACUCCCUGUCCCCCUCCCCUCCACGGGCCCGCCGCUCACAGCAGGAACAGUUGGAGAAUGCAAUAGCAGAAGCCCUGAGCCUGGAUGAUGGACGGCAGACAAACCUCGCACUCUCUGAGCAUUCAAGGAGAGGAGAGGCACGACACAGACUGUCUCACAGAAAACACAGCAAGUAUCUGGAGAAUAAGGCAUGUGAGGAGGAGUUAAAAAGAUAUGAAGACAAAGAACGAGCAAAUUUAGACAAAGAACGUCUCAAAGCUCAGGAAGCUGAGCAAGAGUAUCGAGAGGCCAUACUAAAGGAUAUUUCCCAAGCCCCCCGCCUGUCCCCAGUUACAAAGAAGACCCAGCACAAGCCACAGCGACAUACUCAAACAGCCCCAGUACGCAGGCGGCAGGAGGCCCACAGGAAAGCUCCAUCAAUGAUGGUGAAGGAGAACGAACUCCUCCCUGUGCUACUGGAGGAGUUGCCCCACCUCCACAUUGCCCCUCAGGUUCUGGGCAGGAUGUGGGAGCAGCAGAUGCAGCAGGUGGACAGACUCCACACCUCUACAUCUAAUCAUCAGAGCCGCCAGCGCCGCAAACGCACCGGCGAGUUGGAAGAGGCACAUAGGAAACAUGACCUGCUGGUGGAUCUUGUCAGCAAGGAACGGGACCACAAGAAGCGUCUGAGGGACUUCCAGGAGCGUAUCCAGCAACAGAAGUCGACACAAAACAGAGUGAAGGAACAGAGGCAACAAGUGGCCCGUGCCAAGAAGUACCACAACGACUACCACGUCCAACACCGCGCUCGUCUGAUGAGGGCACGCACCAAAGAGGAGCAG